AGAUGUAGAUGACACAGCAGAGAGAGCUUGAGCAACAUUGUGUUGGUGUUGCAUCGCUUGCUGCUUUUCUAUCUGCUCUGAAAGGCAAUAUGGCUCGGCUCCCAAGUACUGCUGCUAAUUUCCAUCUCGCCAUCGUCUUGUGCUUGCUCCAUCACCUCAUAAACGACUACUUGUUGGCUGACGCUGCCAUUGUUGAGCACACCUUCCAUGUGGGCAACCUGAGCGUGCAGCGGCUGGGGCAGAGCCAGGUGAUCACCGCGGUGAACGGGCAGUUCCCAGGCCCCAAGAUCGAGGCCCGCGACGGCGACACGGUGGUGGUGCACGUCGUCAACCUCUCCCCCUACAACCUCAGCAUCCACUGGCACGGCAUCCUGCAGCGCCUCUCCUGCUGGGCGGACGGGCCCAACAUGGUGUCGCAGUGCCCCAUCCGCCCCGCCGCCGGCACCUACACCUACCGCUUCAACGUUACCGGCCAGGAGGGAACGCUGUGGUGGCACGCCCACGUCUCCUUCCUCCGUGCCACUGUCUACGGCGCGCUCAUCCUCCACCCCGCGGCCCCGUCGUCCUACCCGUUCCCGACACCCCACGGCGAGGCCACCAUCCUACUCGGCGAGUGGUGGAACGUCAGCGUCGUCGACGUCGAGAGGCAGGCACUCCUCAUGGGAGCAGGACCCAACAACUCAGUCGCGCUAACUAUCAACGGCCUCAUUGGUGCCGGCGGUGGUGGCGGCAGCGAGAACAGCUCCUCCUCCUCCUCCUCCCAGUAUGAACUCGCCGUGCAGCGCGGCAGGACGUACCUGCUCCGCAUCAUCAAUGCCGCUCUCAACUACGAGCUCUUCUUCAAGGUCGCCAACCACUCCUUCACCGUCGUCGCCGCCGACGCCUGCUACACCGACCCCUACCACACGGACGUCAUCGUCAUCGCGCCGGGACAGACGGUGGACGCUCUCAUGCGCGCCGACGCCGACCCGGGCCGCCGCUACUACAUGGCCGCACAGGUGUACCAGAGCCUCGCAAACGCCACCUACAGCGCCGCCACCACGGCACUCCUAACCUACCUGCCGGACGCCUCGGGGUCGGACGACGAGCAGCCGACGCUGAUGCCUACCAUGCCAGCGUUCAACGACAGCGCCACCGCUCAGAGCUUCUACGCGAGCCUCACGGGGCUGCUGCAGGACGGGGUGCCGCUCCACGUGGACACGCGGAUGCUGGUCACGUUCGGCCUGGGCGCCACGCCGUGCGCGUCGGCGCAGACGCUCUGCAACCGGACGCUGGGCUCCGUGGCGGCCAGCAUGAACAACGUCUCCUUCCAGCUCCCGACGACCAUGUCGUUGCUGGAGGCGCACAUGCGGGGCGCGCCGGACGGCGUGUACACGCGCGACUUCCCCGACCGGCCGCCGGUGAUGUUCGACUUCACGGGCGACGCCAUGGCGGCCAACCGGUCGUUCAUGCUCACGUCCAAGGGCACCAAGGUGAAGACGCUGCGGUACAACGAGACGGUGGAGGUGGUGCUGCAGAACACGGCCGUCCUUGGCGCCGAGAACCACCCGCUGCACCUCCACGGCUUCAACUUCUUCGUGCUGGCGCAGGGCCCGGGCAACUUCAACGCGCACAGGCACGUCCGCAAGUACAAUCUCGUCAACCCGCAGCAGCGCAACACCGUCGCCGUCCCUGGCGGCGGCUGGGCCGUCAUCCGCUUCACAGCGGACAACCCGGGCGUCUGGAUCAUGCACUGCCACCUGGACGCGCAUCUGCCCUUCGGCUUGGCCAUGGCCUUCGAGGUUGAAGACGGGCCCACGCCCGACGCCGUGCUCCCGCCGCCCCCGCCAGACUACCCGCGCUGCUAGCAGCGUUCAGAAAAGAGAAGGAACAGACUGCCGGAGAUGAAGGAACAAACUCUGUUUCAGUGUCCAUCUAUGGUUUUAAAUUAUAACAAAAUUUGCAAAUCUCUCAAUAGACAGAAUUUUGAGCAGCACA